UUCUCUUUUCCUUCGGCCUCCUCCCGAAAGACCGAAACCCUAGAGAGCCCGCCGCGAGCGCGAGACCCCCUUCUCCCCGCCGCCGCCGCCGCAAAGCCCCUCCUUUCCCCUCCGUCCGGAAUUCCCAGGGGUUCCCGCUCCUAUCCAUCGGCGGAUCAUGGCCACCGUCGCUCCCGCUUCCGCGAAUCAAACUGCAGAUUUGCUUCAGAAGCUGUCGUUGGAUGCUCAGCCCAAGACUCUGGAGAUCCCAGAACCGACGAAAAAGACUUCUGCUAAUCGUUUGGGAUCUGUCAUUAAUGGCAAGGCUGCAAAUGGUCAGAUCCAGCCAUACGAGCCAUCUGUAACGCCAUCGUUGCCUGAGUUCGAGCCCCCAAUGUGCUUUGUCCCUACUGGUGAGCCCACAAUGUGCUUUGUCCCUACUGGUUACCCACCCCAUGCCUAUUAUCAUGGAGGCUAUGAAGGGACCGGUGCUGAGUGGGACGAUUUCUCAAGAUAUACAAAUACUGAGGGAGUUGACGUGGCUUCUGGAUUUUAUGGGGAGAAUGGGUCUCUUAUGUACCACCAUGGCUAUGGGUUUGCACCUUUUGCCCCCUAUUCGCCUGCUACUUCCCCUGUUCCUGGAAACGAUCAGACUUAUGGGAGUCAACACUACCACUAUCCAUCUCCUUAUUAUCAGUCUGUGACUCCAACCGCUACUCCAUUUACUACAGGCCUUGCUGCGCCUCCAUCAGUGGAGCUUGCGACUUCUGCAGCUGGUGACCAAAAGCCUUUGCCUGCCGAAACAGUCAAUGGAAACUCUAAUGGUGCCACGAAAGGGGCAGUGAAAGGAAGCAACAAGUCAAUUCCAUCAAAAAUGUCAAAGCAGAAACCACCAUACAAUAUAAAUGGUUCAUUUGGAAGGAAUUCCCUGCCUGGUGGCGUGGCUCCUGGGUGCCAGGAUCCUCGCUUUGGAUUUGAAGGCUUGUGCACCCCUUUUCCCUUUUUUGAUGGCUCAGUAUUCUCAGAUGGGCAACUGGGGCCAGUGGCUAACCCUGCAAUGAUGAAUUCAUUCAUUAAUCCCAACAAUGGUUCUGCCAGAAAUCAGCAUGCUCAUCCUAAUUCUAAUAUCACGGGUUUGCACCAUGCAAGACCAAUAUCUGGCAUGGGGGUAGCCAAUGGAUUCAUGAAUGGGAUGUACCCUCGUAAGUUUUAUGGUCAGUAUGAUAGCACGAUGAGAUCGAACAUUGGGUUUGGGCGUGGUUGGUCGGUUGAUAACAAGUACAAAAACAGGGGUCAUGGCAAUGUCUACUGGGGUCAAAGUCAUGAUAAUACUGAUGGUCUAAAUGAGCUGAACAGAGGGCCAAGAGCUAAGGAUAUCAAGAAUCAAAAGGAUUUUACAUCUGUUCUGGCUGUUGAUGGGAAGAAUUUGCCCUCAAAUGGAGAAAACAUUGAGAAGGAGAAUAGGUCAAGCGUGGUUCCUGACUGCACGCAAUACAACAAAGUUGAUUUUCCGGAAGACUACAAUGAUGCUAAGUUCUUCAUCAUUAAGUCUUACAGUGAGGAUGAUGUCCACAAAAGUAUAAAAUACAAUGUCUGGGCCAGCACACCAAAUGGCAACAAGAAGCUGGAUGCAGCAUAUCGGGAGGCUCAGGAGAAAGCUGCCGGAUGCCCUAUUUUCCUCUUCUUCUCUGUCAACACCAGUGGACAAUUCGUUGGCCUUGCAGAAAUGGUUGGCCCUGUUGAUUUCCACAAGAAUGUUGAGUACUGGCAACAAGACAAGUGGAUGGGCUGCUUCCCUGUGAAGUGGCACAUUGUAAAAGAUGUGCCUAACAACUUGCUGAAGCACAUUACUCUUGAGAACAAUGAGAACAAACCUGUGACAAACAGUAGGGAUACCCAGGAGGUCAAGUUACCACAGGGUCUUAAAAUGAUAAAGAUAUUCCAGACUCACCUGGUCAAAACUUGCCUUCUGGAUGAUUUCGAUUUCUACGAAAAUCGUCAGAGGGCGAUUCAAGAGAAAAAGGCAAGGCAGUUGCAGUUUCAGAAGCAGGCGUGGGGAGGAAAGACUACUGGUGAGAAGAUAGAAAUGGCUAAUGGAGAGCUAAAACCACAAGAUGAGGUUGCCUCAGAUUUGACUAAUGAAAGCACCCAAAAUUGUGUGAAUGGGGAUCUGAAGCAUACUACCAAUGAUGGAGUGACUGAAAAGACAGUUGAUGACCCCAAUAGCACAAAAGUUGUAGCUUUGGAAAAGAAGGCUAUACCAAAUGGAGUUGCAAAUGCUUGCUGAUCAGAGCUCCAUGUGAGGGUGUUUCUCGCUGGAAUUAUAUUGGCAGAGGAUCUCCCUGGAAACAUCCAACAGAAGCAGGAUAGUCAAAUUCUUCGUCAAACUCUUGCAAGCUGGAUUGCACUUAAUUUUGGAGUGUCUAUGCAGCACUGAGGCAUGAGGGGUAUUUUAUAUCAAGCAGUGGAAUCUGGCCAUAGUUCGGGCUCAAAAUACCUUUCUCUUGUAGGUGUUAAGCGCUCCUAAUCACUUUUUGUUCUCUAGGAGACUAGGAGUUGGGGGUCGAGGUUUAAUAUGUCUUUUAUAUGCUUCUAUAGGGUUUCCUUUUCUUUUGCCUUUUCUUUUUCCCCUUCUUGUCCUUCUUUUACUUGUUUGGUUCCUAUCUUGUGAAUCUAGGAGUGAUGACUUAGCCUGUGCCGUCCGAAGCUGCUUGUAUUUUUCGGUUUGUGGAGAUCGAGAGGCAAGGGAGGGAAUGUAAUGUUCAUAAUCCGAUUUCAUCCCGAAGAAAGCUUUUCAUACUCCACUUGUUGCAA